AUGAGCUCUUCCACGCGCAAAGCAAAAGACGAGCGAGGCCAUUCGUCGCAGCCUUUGGCUCAAGCGUCGAUGCUCGCACGGCCCACCCCAUCACCCACAAGAGACGAGGUACAGCGCGCGACUCUUCUAGCGAGUCUAUCCGGCCAGCAGUUUGAAGACCUCAAGUUCUUUGCUUUCUCGCGCCGGCGCGAGGGCGGAAUAGUCGACACGCCCCUGCCGCUGUUCGUAAGCAGUCCGUUCAUACAUCGGACGACAGAUCAUUUCAAGCUCAUGUUCUCCAGCGGAUUUUCGGAGAGUGGCUUGUCAGACAUGGACGCGCCCUUCCCCUCCACCCGCGCUUCUGCGACGGACCAAUACGAGUAUUGCGAGGACAGCGAUCUCGAAGACGACGAAUCUCAUGAUGCAAACAAGCUCUCAACCGAAGCGGCGGAGAAUAAGACCUCCCCAGCUGAGACGGAUCUUUUGCAUGGCGUUCGCGCGAAGCUGCCAUUAAGUAAGGAAAUGCGACCUGAAUCUCCAACGGCUGAGAUCAAAAGCGACGAGGCGGCGGAUAGCGCAGGCAGGGAUAACGGUGUCUUUUCCCUUAGCAAGCCGGGUCGCGUUGUUUAUGUGGAGCACAUCGCCCAUACGACUUUCAAGGCAUUUUUAUUUUGGGCGUACAUGGAUGUCAUCAACUUUGCGCCUCUGAAGUCCCAGCAAAGAUUGCGGGUCUUGGAGACUAAGUCGGGCAUCCCCUUGUGCUCUCCCAAGUCAAUGUACCGCUUGGCUCACGAAUACAACAUUGAGGUGUUGAAGACGAAGACUGUGGAAGCAAUCAAAUCAAAACUGUCCCCGCGCAAUAUUCUUGAGGAAGUGUUCUCCCACUUCACAUCCUUAUACGACGAGAUCAGAAUCGUUGAGUUGGAGUAUUUGCACGCGAACAUCAAGGAUCAAGGCAUUCAGACGCGACUUCCGGUGUUGAUCAAGUCCAUGGAAGAUGGCGACCUCCCGCGGGGCGCCCACGAUAUUCUAUCUUCGCUCAUCAUGAAGCUCAUCAUGAAGCUCAAUACGGCGGAGUUCACGAUGCCCACAUAA